GCUCAACACAAUCAUGGCUAAGUCUCAUGGCGACAAGAAGAAGCGUCGCCGCAACGACAAAAAACACGCGGCCAACAAUUCUAACGCCGCCACGCAGCAAAUUCGCGCCGUCAAGUCGCAGGCCAACGCCAUUUUCUCUCUGACGGCAUCGUCCAACCCAAAUCCCAAGAAUUUGGGUCCAUUCAGCGACCGUCAGCGCAUUUUGGUGGUCGGUGAUGGAGAUUUUUCCUUCUCUCUGUCUAUCGCCGUCUUCCUGGGUGGCAAGAACUUGGUAGCCACAUGCUACGACUCCAAACUGGACCUCAAGGAAAAAUACUCGAACGCGUUGUUGAACUGUGACGCUCUGGAGACGGCCGGGGUGCGACUGAAGAUGCUAGACUGGUCGAAAUAUCCACUAAAACUAUUUUAUUGUUUUAAUACCCUGCAGGCUGAGGUGCACUUUGAUGUGGACGCGACGCACUUAGAGAAGGAGAACUGGUUGAACGGUGCUCAGCCUUUCCAGUCGAUCGUCUUCAACUUCCCACAUCUUGGAGGUGCGACGGAAGAGGAUGUGGCCAACAACCAGAAACUCUUGAGGGAUUUCUUCUACUCGACGCGGCCGUAUCUGCAUCCCACACGUGGACAAGUGCUCGUCUCACUACGUAAUACGCUCUUCUACAACCGCUGGAAAAUUCAGGAACAGGCAGCAGCGAGUGGAUUCAAAUUGAAACGCACGGAGGUAUUUGACGCGAGCAUCUACUCUGGUUAUGAGCCUCAACGUACACACCCGGCGUCAUUCCGAGGCGAGCCGCCCUCUACGACUGGAGCUCACUAUUUCAUCUUCACUCUGGACAAGAGCAUUGAAGUGCUUGGCCCUCGCCAGCAAGUACCUCAAAAACAAAAGGCAAACGAUUCGGUCCGUAGCAGUGCAGUGAAGAAGGAAAAAGCGAAGAAAGCGGCGGCACCAACGAAAAUGACUUGCCAGCCUUGUGGUCUCACGUUUCGCGACGUCAAGAAAUACAACGGACACAUGAAUUCAGCGAAGCAUGCCAAGAAGGUCAAGGCAUUGAAGAAGAAACACUAAGCAGUAGUUUUUUCACGACGACGCUUAUAGAUUCUUGUUAAACGUCAUUUACUCGAGCUCUACGACGAGUUUUCCUACGUUUUCACGGGCGAACAUGCGGUCGAUGGCAUCAGGAAUGGACUGGAAUCCCUUGUAUUCUGUGGGAUCCACACCAGGCUUCAAUUUUCCCUCGUUAAUGAGCUUCAACAACCGUUCCGUGUGUUCUCGAAUGUGCUCUUCAAAAUGAUACAUGAAGAACCCUCGAAUGGAUGCAGACUUCAUGAGAAUCUUCUCGUUCGCUUCCCACGAUAGCAGCGGCGCAGGUUUCGGAGCGUUCUCCUUGUCUUUGGUCUCCAACACUCGCGAGAUGAAGCCGAUCUUGAUGAUCCGACCAUGAACUGCGAUGUUCUCGACAGCAGCACGGAACAUUUCGCCUCCAAUGGACUCGAAGACGAUGUCCACUCCACUCGGAUACUCCUUCUUGAGCACGUCACUGACGUUCUCCUUGUUGUAAUUGAUCACACGGUCACAUCCGAGCGUCUUCAGAGCUUCCACCUUCUCGUCCGAGCUGGUAGUGCCGAUAACGUGGUUACCUGCCAUUUUAGCGAGCUGCACGACGAACUGUCCGGUGCCCCCAGCAGCCGCAGUAACGAGAACGGUCUCGUUCGACUUCAUCUCUCCGAGAUGUUCAAGGCAAAUGGACGCAGAGACGCCGCCCACUGCGACGGGGAGCGCGUUCUUCGACAGCUCCGGGAUCUUGAUAGCAGCCGACACUGGCACUUGCACGUAUUCAGCAUAAGCUCCAAGCGUCUGGUACAUGACGGCGUCUCCAACCUUCACAGUCGAUACAUUACUUCCGACCUCAGUGACGAGGCCUGCACCUUCGACACCAGCGAUAAACGGCAAUUUGUCAUGGUACAUGCCAUUCGUGAGGUUGACGUCGGUCGAGUUGAUGCCCAGGAAGCGGUUCUUGACAACGAUACUGUCAGGACCAGCAGUGGGCAGUUCCGGGACAUCCACAAUUUCGGUGGCGACACGGAAGUCCUUGGUCAACUUUUGGACUUGCACUGCACGGUAGGACGGCAUGCUUCUGGUGGCGAGUCUACGGGUGAGAGAUAGAAACGGAAUGGUGCUGUGGUAGGGGGGAAGUGAAUUCCAAAGUGAGCAAAAGCUGGCGAAAGCGAACCCGUUGCAAAUCCUUAACAAGAACCUGUAAUCCGAAGACGAACGCAAUCUCUGUGCCACCCACCAUCAUGAUUGAUUUGUCAUCUGAGAAAGCUCGGAUCGUGUAAACAGGUACAGUAGCGUUAACACGGGAAUCACUUCGUAUCAUGUAUUACGUGCCCACAGCUUCGCGCUGCGUAUUUUUCAUUU